GCCCUUUCCUGGCCUCGGGAGCGGUGAUGCUGUUGGUGCUGUCGGAGGAGCAGAAGGCGCACCUGGGCUGCCUGCCCCGGGUGGGCGGCGCAGCUAUCGGAGAGCUGGGGUACCUGGCGGUGGAGCUGCUGCGGCGCGGCGCGGCGCCUAAGGCCUGUGAGGCGGUUGCCAGAAAACUAAACGCUGGCGUUGACACCGUGCAGCACGGAGUGGAGGGACUGAUGUACCUUCUUACAGAAAGCUCCAAGCUCAUGAUUUCUGAGAUGGACUUCCAAGAUUCCAUUCAUGUUUUGGGAUUCUCAGAUGAAUUGAACAAAUUAUUGCUUCAGCUUUACCUUGAUAACAGGAAGGAGAUCAGAAGCAUUCUUGGUGAGCUGGCACCAAAGCUUCCCAGCUAUCACAGCCUUGAAUGGAGACUAGAUGUGCAGCUUGCAAGCAGAAGUCUGAGGCAACAAAUUAAGCCUGCGGUGACUAUGAAGCUACAUCUUAAUGACAAUGAAGAUCUAACUACCCAAGUGUUACAAACUGACCCUUCUACCCUCCUCCACCUAAUUCAGCAAUUGGAACAAGCCUUGGGGGAAAUGAAGACUAACCAUUACUCCUGUAUGUGUAGAAGUACAAGUGUACCUGUGGGACUACUGCCUUCCUGUCCAAGGGAUCCAGCCAACUCAGAGGCUAGGUGUUACACAGCUUCCACUGUUCGCUUCUCCCAACACCUGCUUGCUAUUAAUUGUAUUGGAAAUGUUUUCACGAAGCAGCAGUGUAGCAUGUUAUGAAAACUUAGUUCCCAGCUUUGUGGUGAGAUCUGCACAUAAAAAGAACUCAUGUCAAGUCAUCCUAUAUAACAGAAGACCUCAAUUUUAACAAAGCUAUCUGUAAGCCCUACUAGGCAGGCAUUUCUACAGGUAGCAGUUCCUAUAAAAGGUCUUAUGGCCUAAGCACAAGUUAGUGUGCUGAUUAUUUCUAUAGGUAAGGGUGAUCUGAAAAGUUGAAAACUAUUGGCUAGUAGGCCAGUUAAGAAAAUAGUUAACUUCCAGUAAAUCAGAGCUUUGUGUUGUGAUACAGCUUGGGUUGGGCUUCUUUUCCCCCUAUUUUGAUAUUGUUCUUACAAAGGAAAGACAAGCUAAGUACUGCGGAGUAAAUAAAGCCCGUCUUUAUUUAAGAAAGUUGUCCUCCGAAGGUUAUGCAAAAAGACUGUUCUGUUGUAUUUAUAUGCAGUACUUCAUAGCUGUUGUAAAACUACUUACCGUUGUCACUAAUUAGUGUUUCACUGUCACUAGCAAGAGUACAUAAGUCCCUGAAGUUCUAUUGGAGAGAGUAAGUAGACGAGAACCUUCACAUUCAGAUUCUGGCAGUGACUUCUGUAGUGACAACGGACAUUUCUGUACUAAUUGAGUACACAUAUUUUCUCUCUGUUUAUAACUUAAGAAAAGUAGUACUUGCAUGGCAAAAGUGCUUAAAUCAAUAAGUAACUACCACUUAACAAAAAAAAGUCAAUUUUCUCAAAUUUGGACUUGCUUAUUCUCUAAGUGUCUAAUUGUUUUACGUAGCAUGUCUACAAUGUGAUUUCCUUCCCCAUAGGUGAAUCAGCAAAGUGUUUAAAUUGCUAUCUGCAUAUGUUGAUUUUUUUUCUUCUCAUACCGCGUGUGGUAAUUAAAUAUGAUCAAAAGUUAUAACUUGGGAUUUCUGAUGCGUUGGGUUUUGUUUGUUUGUUGUGAUGUAAUUGGACUGUAUUUUCAGGAGGAAUACAAAGCCAGUUUUUUUUGAUCACUAAAUUCAGGUGAACAUCGUGUUGGUGGAGACUUCUAAGUGCAUAAAAGAACUAAAAGUUCAAGUAUUGGAAGCAUAAGAUAGUUUCCUGAAAAGAAAAGUUAGACUCAGCCCUCAGCUAUGUGCUCCCAUGCAGAUUUGUAUGGGGGGAGAACGAUGCUUUGCAGGAAUGUUUUUUUCUAUCUCUACUUGUCUGUCUGUAGAAGUGCAGAAAUACCUGGUUUAAACAGCAGAGGGCAGAAAGUUUAAUUGUUUUUGAUUCGCUAUAGAGGAGGUUCACAGUACAAACAUUUUCAGUGUUUAUCUUUCAUUAAGAAUCGUUCAUGGUCUCACGGCUCUGCUUGAACUGUAUUUCACUUUACAUUUUCCAAAUUCACGAUCAAUUUUAAACUAAAACAAUAAAACUUUCAAUAUUUCAGAGCAAUGUAAAA